UGACAAAACAUCAAAAUGAAAGGUCGAGGAACAAACAGAGUGUUUGUGCCUCACAUUCCAUUUGAUUUUGUGAUUGAACAAGCUUUCCCAAGAGUGAAGCCAGCACUUGAUGACGAAGCUUUUACCCAGGCUCUAAUAAAACGAAACCAAGACUUGAACGUGACUUAGGAAGAGCAAGCGUCAAUACUGUCGUUCGUGACUAAAAUAUGCAAUGCAGUCGAUUCCAUCAUUGUAUCACAGCCUGCUGGGUUUGAUAUUCAAGUUGAUGAAUGCAGACAAGUCGGAGACUUCAAGAAAGGAACAAUGACAAAAGGCAACAACGUAGCUGAAGUUGUCAUUAUUCUGAAAACUUUACCAACGAAAGAGAUUGUCAAACAAUUAGCAGAAAAGAUUAUUGAAACAGUGAAGAAGGGAGAGGAUUCUGAAAUCACACUUACAAUGACCGAAACAGAGAAUGGAUUUGAGCUCGUUGAUGGUCAGGAUAAAGUCUCAGUGGGGAUUGCAAUUCCCCCAGGAAACAUGAGAAAGCUGGAUUCCUCAACUCAUAUGAGUCACAAGAUACUGCAAUCAUCUCUCGCUGCUAUUCGUCAUGUCAGAUGGUUCGAGGAAAAUGCUUUUCAUUCAAGCACCAAGAUGUUCAUUCGUCUCCUGAAAGAUCUCCGAUCAAGAUUUGCGGGGCUCGAGCCUUUGACAAUGUGGAUAAUAGACUUGCUAGCUCACCAUGCGAUCAUGAAUACGCCAAGCAGGCAACCUUUGCCUAUCAAUGCAGCUUUCAGGCGAUGUCUUCAACUUCUCUCUUCUGGUUUCUUCCUUCCUGGUUCAGCAGGAAUCGUUGACCCAUGUGAAAGUGGAAAUGUCAGAGUUCAUACAGUAAUGAAUUUGGAACAACAAGAUAUGGUAUGUUACACUGCCCAGACUCUGCUCAGAGUUCUAGCUCACGGAGGUUUUUGAGCAAUUUUGGGACUGGAAGGAGAAACAACGAUCACGACUGCGAUGUCUGUGUGGGAUGGAGUUGUAGUGACACCUAGUGAUAGAGCGUAUGAGAAAGCGCCGGAGAAAGACGCAGAUUCUGAAGCGAUGGAUACAUCACAAACAUCGUAAAUGCUAGAUUUCAAGAUGGGAGCUAGAGAUUUGGAAAUAUUUUCUGGAAAUAGUCUUAUUUUUUUGAAAAUGGGAUUUCGAAGCAAAUUUUCUGAUUUAUUUUCUCAAUUUUGAUUGGUUCAAGUUAGAAGGCUGGGCAGUAACCUAGCUAACCUAAACAGAAUUAAAGAUACAAAUCUUCAAAUAUUUUUCUAUUCAGGAAAAUUCUGAUUUCGUACAAUUUGUGUGAAAUAGUGUCUUUGUAUACAAUUGGACAUUAUUAUAAUUGACUGGCCAUUUUUCCAAUAUCUGAUGAUUUCAGAAUCUAAAAUUGAAUAUAUUUUUUUAAUCGAAUCUCGAACACUUGGACAAUAUAUAGCUUUGACUGGUUUAUUGUAAUGGGUCCUCCAGACACACACUCUAUCACUCAGGCAGUUUGCUGAGUGUUAACACACAAUAAGAAACAUGUGUCAUGUUACUCGGAAGAAAAGAUUCACAUGUCAGAAUUGUAUUUUUAAUAUUUUGUUACGAAUUUGUCCUUUGGACGGUCAAAAAAACAAUAUGGCGGCGAUUAAAAAUUCCUGUCUAAGCCGCUUCGAAUAAUAUACUAUUCGAUUUGAAAUGCUCAGCCCUAAUUAUAAUCCAACGAAGCUUUAAAAAUCUGUGCUUGUGAAACACUUUACUGGUCAGGUAUUCUCAUAUUUCAUCUGAACAGGUAGUCCCCUGGCCUAGUCGAGGUUCUGGUGAAUAGGCAUCGAUAACAAUAUGAUUUCAAAUAAAAAUAGUCUUGGUUUCGAGAC